UUUUGUGUGUGUGUGUGUGAAAAAAAAUCAACUACCCUCCCUCUUGUUACUCUUCCCUGGACUUGUGCGGGGUGUGCGGGUCUGGGACCGGUGAACUGGGUCCUGGAAGAGAACCGUGCCCUGCUGAACAAUGAAUAAUUGCGUUCUCCUGGAAGAGCAGCUGAUCAAAAAAUCCCAGCAGAAGAGAAGGACCUCUCCCUCCAACUUUAAAGUGCGCUUCUUUGUUUUAACCAAAUCCAAGCUGGCUUACUUUGAGCAUCGCCACGGGAAAAAAAGAACUUUGAAGGGCUCCAUUGAACUGUCCAGGAUCAAAUGUGUUGAAAUUGUGAAAAGUGACAUCACAAUUCCCUGUAACUAUAAAUAUCCUUUCCAGGUUCUUCAUGACAACUACCUGCUGUAUGUGUUUGCACCUGAUCGAGAGAGCCGGCAAAGAUGGGUGUUUACUCUGAAAGAAGAAACCAGGAACAACAACAAUUUGGUGCCGAAGUAUCAUCCAAAUUUUUGGAUAGAUGGGAGAUGGAGAUGCUGUGCCCAGACAGAGAAGCUGGCAGCCGGGUGUAUAGAAUAUGACCCCACCAAGAACGCCUCCAAGAAGCCUCUUCCUCCCACUCCUGAAGAUAACUGGAGGCUGUUGCUAGACCCCAAGGAUGCUUUAGUAAUGGCCAUAUAUGACUACAAGGCUCAGAAUCCCCAGGAGUUGACCUUACAGCGCGGUGAGGAGUACUACAUUAUUGACAACUCUGAGGAUCAUUGGUGGAUGGUUCAGGAUAAGAAUGGGCACGAAGGAUAUGUACCAAGCAGUUACCUGGUGGAAAAAUCACCAGACAACCUGCAAAUAUACGAAUGGUACAAUAAGAAUAUCAGCAGAAACAAAGCAGAAGCACUCCUCAAAGAUGAGGUAAAGUGGUGUUACUUUUUGAAUGAAUUUGGAAAGCAAUAAGUUUGUUUCUACUCCAAUUUGCUUAAAGAUAUUGCAUAUGAUGA